CAGUUAAAUACACGUUCAUGAGUGCCGCACAGUGAGUGGUACGUAUGCACCUCAGGAAACAUCUAUCUAUCUACAAUAAAUAUAAUGAGUAGGACGGAAUAGAACACACUUAUUAUCCCAGUUUAUAUCAUCGGAGCAUACUUGUGAUGCAACAAAAUACGUGCGACGAGGCGCUUGCGGUAGCAUUGUAUUCCGAGCGUGUCCAGACUCUGCUGCGGGCAAUUAAAGUCAUGGGGUGCGGUGCCCUGCGCAAAGGGAUCUCGUGCCGUGUGUGUGACAAACCAGACGAUCCGUACUACCAGGGUAAGGCGAACACACAAGGGUACUUUGAUUCCAAACACAGGCGCGUAGUGCUCUGCUGCGAACAGAUUGCCACACAGAAGGACCUUGAGGAUACGUUGGUACACGAACUGGUGUGUCGGUGGUGGGCUUGCCACCUGUGA